AUGGAAUGCAUCCCGCGAGCAUGGUGCUUCAAUGGUGAAAAGCAUUCCGCCGGCCCAAACCAGUGCGUUACCAGGCUCAACCCGGACAGCAGCCCCAUCGAGAUAAGCGUGAACUUUACCUCCGUAAUUCCCAACCCGGUCGACCGCCCGCCCGUCCGAGUCAUAGCAGAGGUUGACCAUCUAACCGGACAGAAGACUCUCGAAGAGUACUGCCGGCGCAACACGUUUGGGAACAUAGACUACCAGAUGGACUGGCCAAACUGGCUCUACGGCUCCGUCAUGAAAGGCUCCGGCUCCACCUACUUCGGGGACGUCCGCCUCGGCUUUGACAUCAGACGCGCCGUCCGCCCCGAAAUGGGCUCUAAGCCACAAUACCCCGGCCCGAUCCCAGCUGACGCGAGGGUCUACUUCGCGCUGGUCAAGAAGUCCAUUCUGACGCUCCCCGGCCUCUAUGACAAUACACUCCAGAUGCGGCGAAUCUUGUCAGGCGUAAACAUGAUCGACAAGUUCCUCGCCGGGUACCCGCCCGAGUUCGGCAACCUGCUCUCCACCGUCGACAUAGGCCCCGAGGAGCCGGCGAGAGCAUGCAUCGGGCUCUCCUUUACGGUCCCGGCCGGAGCAACAUCCGCAGACUUCAGAGAGCCGUGGAAGUGGCUUAACCUCGGCAGGCGCAUCACGGAGGUGCGGAAGGACAGAAAGAAUAUGCUUUCUUUCAUCAGGUUCUUCAAGCGCAUCUACGGCGGAAGCGGCUUGAAUGCUCCGGAUUUGGCCGGCGGCAACAACGACGGGGGCCUAGCCGGCAACGCCGUCGAUCUAGGAUCGUACAUUGAACGAUUCGAGCGGCUCAAAGCCGGGACAUUCAUCCCCCAGGUCGCGCCUUGCUCCGUCCACUUCACUAUUGCGACUGACUCCCCAGAGCCGAGGGCCACACUGAGGCUGGACGUGCUUUACAACUCGAACACCGACCUUGAGGUCGCCCGGCGCUACAGGGGCUUUCUCCUCACUCACACGCGGCACGAUCUUCAAGACUGGCAUGGGUGGCCCGCGCCUUACCUUGACAUCGUCAAGAACCUUUUCCCUGGUAUGCCCCAUAACGCAAGAGUGCACAACUCUCUCAGUCUCUGCCGUCAGGAGGGACCAAAUAAUCGGGAGUGGAGCGUUCGGGCUUCUUAUAACCCUCAUUAUUUUCAAUGA